UAUUUGUAAGCCCUCAGUUUUAACGAGAAUUCAGAAGAGUCAGUACGUGAACUUGAAUUUUAAUAAAAUUAAAUAAAAUCGGACAACAUGCCACGACGAGGACGCGCAUCUGGACCUCCACCAAGGACGGUUAGGGCACCAGCAAGACCAGCAGCACCCAUGAGAGCUGCACCAGCUCAGGUGCCAGCACAAGCUCCAGCUGCAGCACCAGCGCCAAUGAUGGCCACUCCAUCUCAGGGGCCAUCGCUCAUGGGACAAAUGGCAGCUACCGCUGGAGGAGUCGCCAUUGGAUCAGCCGUAGGACACACCAUCGGCCACGCAAUGACUGGAAUGUUCAGCGGUGGCUCCAACGAGGCAGCAGCACCAGCAGCUGCUCCAGCGGCAGUUCCCCAGCAGGGAUCUGCACCAGCCGGAGGCGCCUGUGCCUGGGAAGUAAAGCAAUUUUUGGAGUGCGCUCAGACUCAGUCAGACCUCACUCUCUGCGACGGCUUCAACGAGGCUUUACGCCAGUGCAAGAUGGCCAAUCACAUCUAAAUCAAUAGUAAAUCUUAGGACAUAGACACAUCAAUAUCAAUCUUCAAUAAACAAUAUGACAAACCAAGUUUUAAAAUGCUGAUGAUAUUUCAAAUUAAAUAAUCAUAAUUGGAGUUCUGUAUUAGACUUUCAAAACAUUAAUAAAAUUUAGAGUAAAUUAA